AUGGAGGGCCUUGCCGGAUGCCGUAAACACAAUUUUGCGUGUUUUUUUGGAAUGGUCGAAGGGAUUCAGGACGGCUCGUUUGACAUAUUUAAGCUUUCCAGUGGUUUGAAGGAUAGCCUGAUAGUGCAAGAAUAUCGUAGCGUCAAGGAUUUCAGGAAAUUCCAUGUCUUCAAGUUUCAACAUUGCUUCCGAAUCGAAUUGAACGUGGACCUCCAGGGAAAAGUUCGCUUUGUUUAUAUACCCAACCGUCGACUACACGUCUCAUUUUUCGCUGUCACCAUUGGUAUCACGCUCCAGGAAACGUCGAUUCUGCAGAGUCCAUCUAUUGACUUCAACUCUACUUUUCUGGAUUUGCACGGCCUCAGCAGUAGCGCGUCUCCUGUUCAUCGGACUCUGGACACCGUUGUUCUCUCGAAAAUGACGAUCCGAGAAAAUAAAAUGACGGAAGGAUUUGCUCGCGACGAUUCAAUGCUAAAGAUCCAAGAAAAGAAAACGACCGGAAAUUUGACCCGCGGCCAUUCAAUAAAUAUUCUCUCGCUCACUCCUGGUGAAGAGGAUUGGUACUGGAGAAGCAAAAAAGAGGCAAAAGCCCGGGGAAACUCGUCCUAA